AUGUUGCCGUACCACAUGUUUUGUGUGAUUGCCGUUGCGCUGUGCUGCUGCACCUCUCUGUGCGUGGCUGCUGCUGCUGAGGCUUCCUCUGUGCCACCCACUGUUGGUACGGGGACCCCGGCGGAGGUGUCCGCGCAGGGGGCGGACCUCACGGCGAGGACGGAGGCAUUUGUGGCCGCGAACAACACAAUGGCGGCAGCGAUUUCUGCGGAGGAGGCACUGGAGAGCGUGAAGGCCGCAGUGGAGGAAGCCAAGAAGGCAGUGGCGGCAGUGAUGGCGACCGAAAGCACUGGCAAUGCAGUGGAACUGGUGCGUGUAUUGCAUGAAACACUGAAGAAGAAAUUGCUGCCUCGCAAUAGGACUGAUGGAACAAAUCAAGACCCCACUCUCGCAGAAAUUAAGGAUGCUGCGGCAAGGAAACUUGUUACAGAUGCAAAGAACAACGCUGCGGGUGCGGCAUCGUCUCUGAAGACCAUGUCGGAUAAAAUAUCCGCUGCAGUGAAGAGUGCAGAUGUGCCAGUGGAGCAGGCGAGUACAGCGGUGAAGAAAGUCAGCGAGGCCCUGAAGAACGCGGGAGCAGGAGGGAAGGUGUUGGAUGCCGUUCAGAAAGUCAGUGAAAUUGUGACGAGUGGGAGCACGGCGGCGGUGCAGUCACAGACGACCUUGAACAGAGUUGCAGACGCAAUGAAACGCAUGUCUGGCUCUCUGGGCAGUUUAUUGAGUCUUGCGGAGGAUACCUUGACGUUGGCAGAAGGAGGGAGCGCUACAGAUAACACGGAUGCUGAAAACACAAAGUUUACAAACUUAACGAAGACGGCGAAGACAGUUUUGGGUGACUUUGAUGCAGUUAUGUCGGAAGCCGUAAGCGCCGCGGAUGCCGCUACCGCCGUAGUAACUGCGGCUGUUGCAGUAUUGAGGGACGCGACGGGUGCAGCGCCGGACGCUGCGGCUGCGGUGGAGGCGGCCGAUGCGACGAGGGCGGCGACUCAGGAGGCGUUGACGCAACUGAAGAAGAAGUUGGGGAUCAGCGGGCAGGAGACUCUCGCCAGAACGCCGCAGCGGGAGCACGAGGAUGCUCCUGCCGUUGACGGCUCCCACGGGUCACACACUUCUCCGCCAGACACCACGGACCCCGCACUUCUGGUGCCCAACGCUGACGGUGGCAGCAGCACUGCGUGGGUGCGUGCCCCAAUACUGCUGCUGCUGGCCUGCGUGGCCGUGUGGUAA